CUUAGACUAACUUAGAACUCACUGCCACUCCGUCAUCGCCCAGCAAAUUCAGGGGGAAGAGUGGAAAGAGAAAAUGGCGGCUGGUGGUGCGAUGGGACGAAUCACGUGGCAGGACCCCCACUGCCCGCCCGCCGCCGCUGGAGCGCAAAGCACAACAAGUAAAUGCCCCUCUAUCUCCAUCUCGGCUCUCAUUCCCCUCUCUUCCCCCCCCCAUUAUUACCACUAUUCUUCCCUUCUCAAAUCCCCCUCACCCUCACCCUCUCUCUUCCAAUUUCUUCCGCCUUUCUCGAAUAUUACCUUAGUAGGUUGUUUCAGUGUUCGGUUAUCCACUAGCCCACUUCCCCCAUCUCAACUCUAGAACUAUAAUCUAUCAUGUCGCUCGCAUCUGGUGUUUCCAUCGCGGAUGAGUGCAUCACUGCAUUCAACGACUUCCGCAUGAGCGGAGGCUCCAAGACAGACAAGACCAAGUUCAUCAUCUUCAAGAUCGCCGACAACAAGAAGGAAGUCGUCAUCGACGAGUCCUCCAAGGACGAGGACUACGAGGUCUUCCGCAGCAAGCUCGAGGCUGCUAAGGACAGCAAGGGUAACCCCGCUCCCCGCUACGCCGUCUAUGAUGUGGAAUACGAGCUCGGCGGUGGUGAGGGCAAGAGAAGCAAGAUCAUCUUCAUCUCUUGGGUCCCCAGCGACGCUCCCACUCUCUGGUCCAUGAUUUACGCCAGCACCCGCGAAAACUUGAAGAACGCCCUCAACAUCCACAACUCCAUCCACGCUGACGACAAGUCCGACAUUGAGUGGAAGACCGUCCUGGCCGAGGCCAGCGGUGGCAAGGCUGGUAAAUAAAUGACGGUGCCGGCUGGGUCCGGACCAGGGUAACUAUGCUGGUUGUUACAUCGCAACGCAUCAUCUCGAAUCGCGGCGGAACCAGGAACGAAACAGUUCUCUCCGAGUCUCCUGGCACACUCUUAGUUCAAUAUGAGAUUGUUACGACCUGACUCUGCUUUGUUCUCUUUUCCUAUACAUAGUUACCGUAUAAUCUUGAGCGAUUCUGGCAAUUUGUGGGGUUGACACCGACUGGGCAGGGAUUAUUCGUGCUUGUUUGUUCAGCGUUCGCGUGUACAGAAUAGGUUACUGUUGGCCACCAUGGAGAAGGACUGGCGCGGUGGGUGUAAAGUCAGCACUCGGAAUUACAUCCGGGUCAUCAAAAGUCGGAGAUCGUGCUCUCUCCCUUCUCUUGCGAUGGCGUUGUAAAGUGACUGACGUAGCUGACGGCUCUCUUGAGCGUGCGGAAUAAAUAGAAUUCCGAGUUCCCUUCAAUUCUGACA